UCGGACAAAGAUGCAACCAAACGCGCUGCACGCGCUCCGCCGAUAAGAACCGAGUUUACCUGAAGACGAGGGGACGGGGAGCGGCCGACAGGUGGCCGUUUGCGGGCGCUUGGCACAACUUUACGCACGGAGGUUCCGCGGCGCACCGCCGAAAUGCUGUUACCGUGCGUCUCUCUGUUCAUGCUGGCGGUUCUCCACGCAAAUGUAUACCUAACAAGAGCUGAGGGUUGUGGAGCAUCCUGUGGAAAAUGUGACUGCAGUGGAGUGAAAGGAGAUAAGGGCGAGCGCGGAUUUCCUGGUCUUCAAGGAAACAUGGGGUUUCCAGGACUGCAGGGACCUGAGGGGCCUCCUGGACCAAUGGGAUUCAAGGGGGAUCUCGGUGAACCUGGAGCUCCUGGACUCAAAGGAGUGCGGGGUCCUCCUGGACUGCCCGGUUUCCCAGGUCACCCGGGGCAACCAGGCAUCAAUGGACACGAUGGUCCUCCAGGUCCACCUGGUAUCCCAGGAUGCAACGGAACCAAAGGUGACAGAGGAAUGGAUGGCUCUCCUGGUUUUCCUGGCCUUCAAGGACCUCCUGGAAUCCCAGGAUUUCCUGGAAUGAAGGGAGAUCCUGGUGGUUUGAUUGGGUUUGUUCCCGCCAAAGGAGAGAAGGGGUAUCCUGGGACACCUGGACAGCCUGGACCAGGUGGUUUUCCAGGACCCAUCGGACCUCCAGGACCCAGAGGAUACCCAGGAUUAAAAGGAGAUGCUGGCCCGCCUGGUCCUCCUGGAGAAAAAGGCGACAGAUUGGCUUUUGUCAGUGAGAAAGGAGAUAAGGGUGAUCAGGGACUCCAGGGCCCGCCGGGUCCCCCCGGCCCCUAUCAGGAAGCAGGAGGAACAUCCACACUCAUCAUUAAAGGACUGCCGGGCCCACCUGGAGAUCCUGGUGACAAAGGAGAAAAAGGCUUUUGCCUCCCUUAUCAGCAUGGGAUUAAAGGUGAACCAGGCCAACCUGGACCAAGAGGUAAACCUGGAAAGGAUGGAGAGGAUGGUCAAACGGGGGAGAGAGGCUUUCCUGGACCUCCAGGAUCACCUGGAUACCAGGGCCAAAAAGGCGAACAAGGACCACCAGGAUUUGGCGAAGGUCCUCCCGGUCCUCCCGGCCCGAUUGGUCCACAAGGAUUUCCAGGAGAAAAAGGUUUUCCUGGUCCACAGGGAGAACCGGGUCCACCAGGUCGUCACAUUGAAGGACCUCGAGGAGAACCGGGCCAGAAGGGCGAUGCGGGGGAAAAGGGGGAGAGGGGAGUAAUAGGAGAGUCUCUUCCUGGACCACCGGGACAACCAGGACUUCAAGGAGAACCUGGACCACCUGGACUCCCUGUUGAUCCAAGUCUGUGUAACAUUGUGAAGGGAAACAUUGGUCCACCUGGACCUCCUGGUUUACAGGGAGAAGUCGGACAAAAAGGUGAUAAAGGAGACACUUGUGUUCUCUGUGAGGCCAGCGGCGUCAUUGGAGAACCUGGACCCCAAGGUCCUAAAGGAGAUCGAGGACCUCCUGGUCCAGUUGGCAGCAAAGGAGACAAAGGUCAAGCUGGACUUCCUGGAGAUCCUGGACGACCUGGUUCACAAGGAAAUCCGGGAUUAAUGGGAGCCCCGGGGGCUGUGGGAGCACCAGGAGAUGUCUUCAUAGCUCCUGGUCUCAAAGGGGAGAAAGGUCUUCCUGGUAUUCCUGGUAUUCAGGGUCAGCCGGGUCUGGAUGGACUGCCGGGCAGAGACGGUCUUCCCGGUCAGCCCGGCUUUAAAGGAGAACCCGCUAAAGAAGGCAUCAAGGGUGAACGGGGACGAGAUGGGGACCCGGGUCCCUCUGGACCCAGAGGAGAAAGAGGUCCUCCGGGUUUACCAGGCUUUGGUCAAGCGGGAGAGCGUGGAGAGAAAGGCAGUCAGGGAAGACCAGGAACGCCUGGAGCUCCUGGACUUCCAGGUCUGAAAGGUGAGCCAGGUAAAGGUGUGAGCAUUCCUGGACCUCAGGGAGCACCUGGACCACGGGGAGAAAAUGGCUUACCUGGAGUUCAAGGUGAAAGAGGAAUACAAGGAGACCCGGGGCUUCCCGGUUUUCCCGGAGACAAAGGGGAACAAGGACCACCAGGAAUUGGAUUUCCAGGCCUGUCUGGUCCCAAAGGGUUCAGUGGAAGUCCUGGAGCCCCAGGACUACCUGGAGAGCCAGGAAGACCAGGAAAAGAUGGCUUGACUGGAAAAGUUGGGUCCCCUGGGCAAAAAGGUGAACCUGGCCGAGGUCUUCCGGGUCCUAAAGGUUUUCAAGGCCCCCCAGGAGUUACUGGAUUUCCGGGACAGAAAGGAAACCUUGGUUUGCCUGGUAUUCCUGGACGAGAAGGACAGACGGGACCACCGGGACCUCAGGGCUUCAAAGGCGACAUUGGGGCCCCUGGACUUCCUGGACAGGCUGGUCCACCGGGUGCUCCUGGAAAAGGCUCACCUGGACCUCCUGGACCACAAGGACCACAUGGAGAGCCUGGACCACACGGCAGGGCAGGCAUAAAAGGAGAAAAGGGCUUUCCGGGUCCUCCUGGUCUCGACAUGCCCGGCCCUCAAGGAGAGAAAGGAGUCCCGGGGUUCCCAGGCAACCAGGGGGGUAAAGGACUGCCGGGCCCACCAGGCUUAGCAGGCAGAGACGGACAAAUAGGAACCCAAGGUCGUAAAGGUGAAAUGGGCAACAUGGGAACGCCAGGAUUACCAGGAUUUCCUGGAAAUCCAGGUUUACCUGGAUCUCCUGGUUUGAGAGGUGAUCCUGGUAUUAGUGGUCCAAGUGGAGAAAGUGGAGAACCUGGACCUAAGGGAGAAAGAGGAGAGCCAGGUCUUCAAGGCCCCCCUGGAAAAAUGAAUGACGUAGACAUGGAGCACAUGAAGGGGGACAAAGGAGACAUUGGAGAUAGAGGAAACCCAGGUGUAUCAGGAGAAAGAGGCUACCAAGGGGUUCAAGGAGAUCCUGGAAUGCCUGGAAAAGAUGGAGAACCUGGAUCACCAGGACAACCAGGCGAGAAAGGAGAACUAGGUUUGCCUGGAGAGCCCGGAAGCAUGGGACCUCCCGGACAGAAAGGCUCCGUGGGAGAAAUGGGAAUUCCAGGUCCAGUUGGUCCAAAGGGUACCAAAGGAGAUUUUGGCAGACCGGGACAUCCUGGAUUUAAAGGUCUAGAUGGCGAGAAGGGAGACACGGGGUCACCCGGUGAGCCAGGCAUUGGGGUACCAGGUGUCCCGGGACAAAAGGGUCAAACUGGUGACCCAGGAGUCCCGGGGCUACCUGGAGAUAAAGGUGAAAAGGGUUAUUCAGGAAUGCCUGGUUCUCCUGGAGUUCAAGGACCCAAGGGAGACAAAGGAAGCGUUGGGUACCAAGGUCAGGCAGGCAGACCAGGAGACAAAGGUGAUCCUGGACUUCCUGGGUCUGUCGGAGAUCCAGGUCGUGACGGACGACCCGGCGAAGGUGGCCUGCAGGGGCCCUCAGGUCCCCGAGGAGACAAAGGUGAGCCUGGAGAGGACGGAAUUCCUGGAUCCACGGGGGAGAGAGGAGACCCAGGUUUGCCUGGCCGAGGUGUUCCCGGACCACCUGGAGAUCUUGGUGCCAAAGGUGACAAAGGCAGCUCUGGUCUUCCUGGGGCUCCAGGUCAUCCAGGUGUCCCUGGAAUCAAAGGAGACAAGGGCUUUCCAGGCCCACAGGGACCACAGGGAGAGACAGGGGAGCGGGGUCUUCCUGGGAUCUCACUGGAAGGACCUAAAGGAGACAGGGGAGAAACAGGACAGCAGGGAGCACCAGGACCCAUGGGAGUGGUGGGAGAAUCUGGCUUUCCAGGCAGAGAUGGUGCAAAGGGCGAGAAAGGCAAUCAAGGUCUUCCUGGUUUCCAGGGAGAAACGGGACAGAAGGGAGAUCCUGGAGUUCCUGGACUUCCUGGUCAAACUGGUCUUCCUGGUAUUGAUGGCCAGAAGGGAGAAAGAGGACUCCAGGGUGUUCCUGGCUUUCCAGGUACAAAGGGUGAACUAGGAGACAUUGGGUUCAAAGGAGAACUGGGAGACAGAGGAUUCCCAGGAGAAAAAGGUGUUGAUGGCCCCCCUGGUCCUCCCGGUCCUGAAAUCCGCAUUAAAGGAGAUGUUGGGGGUCCAGGAAUUCCAGGCCCUCAGGGCCCUCAGGGGCCGGCAGGGUUCCCUGGACUGAAGGGACAGCAAGGGUCGACAGGUUUUCCAGGGCCUAAAGGUGACAGUGGUUUUCCCGGUUAUGAUGGUCAGCCGGGAGCUAAAGGAGAGCCCGGUCUGCCGGGACCUCAAGGUCCCAGAGGGUACCCAGGCCCCCCAGGACCAGAUGGAGUUCCAGGCCAGGUGGGUCCCCCUGGCCCCUCAUCCAUGGACCACGGCUUCCUGGUAACGCGGCACAGCCAAACGGUGGACGUCCCAUUCUGUCCAGGGGGGACCAGACUCAUCUAUGACGGCUACUCUUUGCUUUACGUGCAAGGCAACGAACGCUCCCACGGACAAGAUUUAGGAACAGCAGGCAGCUGCCUCAGGAAGUUCAGCCCCAUGCCCUUCCUGUUCUGCAACAUCAACAACGUUUGCAACUUUGCCUCUCGCAACGAUUACUCCUACUGGCUCACCUCACCGGAGCCCAUGCCCAUGAGCAUGGCACCUAUUACAGGGGACAGCAUCAAACCCUUCAUCAGCAGGUGUGCUGUGUGUGAAGCUCCAGCCAUGGUGAUAGCCGUUCACAGCCAGACCAUCAUGAUCCCGGACUGCCCUGAAGGCUGGGACUCUCUGUGGAUUGGAUACUCCUUUGUUAUGCACACAAGUGCUGGUGCAGAGGGUUCAGGCCAGGCUUUGGCCUCUCCCGGUUCCUGUCUGGAGGAGUUCCGCAGUGCGCCGUUCAUAGAGUGCCACGGGCGGGGAACCUGCAACUACUAUGCCAACUCUUACAGCUUCUGGCUAGCCACCAUUGAGGACAGCAAUAUGUUUAAGAAACCCACUCCGACAACUCUUAAGGCAGGCGAACUCCGAACACACAUAAGCCGAUGUCAGGUGUGCAUGAAGAGAACUUAAGCCCCUCCCACUUCUAAAAAAAAAAAAAAAAGCCUUUCCAGCAACGCUACAUGCACCGGUGUUCUGGCUUUACUUCCUGCCUUCAAAGGAUGGUGCUACUUCCCUGCAUGUUUAAGAGGAGACGGACGGGAGGCGUGGGACACACAACAGCCAGAGAUUACACUUUACGUGACGCAGAGACCAAGCGGCCUUUUGCCCCAUGCAGAAAGCAUGUUUCCAAAGAGUGCCUCCCAGUUUACCACUGCACUGAUUUCACGCCCCAAAACUGGUAAACUCGGGUCCAUUUUGAAAGGGCUGUUUGUGUAAGUCAGGUGCUAUUUUUACUUUUUUGUCUGUUCUUCUUUUAAUCCACAAAUGCCACACAAUUCCACCAUAUAACCACACGUUGCUAUAGAUUUUCUCACCAUAUGAUAUGUUUAAAUCUACUAAUGCAAAGACUGGGACUUGCCACUGCUUGGGUCAAAGCAAAAAUCCAGAUUUACACCAAUCACUCUGAUGUAAAUACGAUGCAUUCCUCCAUAACAUAGUUACACUUACCCUCCUCAGGUUAUUACUGUAUUACUUUGUGUGUCUGUAAGCCCAUUUUUUUAUUUAUAAGAAUAUGUUGGACUUGACUUUAUUUGAUAUUCCAUGUAUCCAAAAAUUCAUUGUUUGACAGCCAUAUUAACAGCACUGAAGCAGAUUUGACAGGUGUGUGUGUGUGCGUGCGUGUGUGUACAUAUGUGAAUGGACUUAAAUGGAAAUCAUAGGUUUGUAAAGUCUGCAUAUAUUAUAUAUAUAUAUAUAUUACUGCACACCCCUGUUGUUGCUUUAACAGAAACAAAUGAAUGUGAAGAAACUGAAAACAGAGGAGUCAUCUUUUCUUCACCUUUACGUAGAAGUUUGCAUGAUGGCAGCGCCUCAUUUGUCAUUUAUGCUUCCAUAGAAAUGCACAUGUAUAUACGCUAUUACUAACCUGUACUCUCAGUUGUGCCUGUUUACUGUUCCCAUUUAUGAUUUCCUUUCUUUAAACACACAAAUAUGCCAUGAAGGAACCAUUCAGUGCCUCUCCGAGUUCAAACAUUUAAUGAACUUGUGCAGAUAUCAUUUUUAUGAGUAUAAAUAGUCAAAAUCAAGUGAUUUUUUUUUUUCAUUUAAGUUGAUUCUGUAAAGUUUCUUGAACCCAAAACACUUUGUGUUAUUGUCCCUUUUUAGAGAUAUUAAAAUGUUGGAGGUGUAACUACACUGACUGCA